GCUAUGGAAAUACCACACAAUAUCACAGGAUUUUUCAUGCUGGGACUCUCACAGGACCCAGAGGUACAGAGAGUGCUCUAUCUGGUCUUUCUGAUCAUCUAUGCGGUCACGGUUUGUGGCAACAUGCUCAUUGUGGUCACCAUCAGCUCCAGUCCCAUCCUGGCUUCCCCCAUGUAUUUUUUCCUUGAGAACUUAUCCUUUAUUGACACCUGUUAUUCUUCCUCUAUGACCCCUAAACUCAUUGCUGACUCCCUGUAUGAGGGGAGAGCCAUCUCUUAUGAGGGCUGCAUGGCUCAGCUCUUUGGAGCUCAUUUAUUUGGAGGAACAGAGAUCAUUCUGCUCACAGUGAUGGCCUAUGAUCGCUACGUGGCCGUCUGCAAGCCCCUGCACUACAUGACCAUCAUGACCAGGCAUCUCUGUGCCCUGCUGGUGGGGGUGGCUUGGCUGGGGGGCUUCCUGCAUUCAUUGGUUCAGCUCCUCCUGGUCCUUCAGUUGCCCUUCUGUGGGCCCAAUGUGAUCAAUCACUUUGUCUGUGACUUGUACCCCUUGCUGGGACUCGCCUGCACCAACACAUAUGUCAUUGGUCUGCUGGUCGUCGGCAACAGUGGUGUGAUCUGCCUGUUGAACUUCCUCAUGCUGGCUGCCUCCUACGUUGUCAUCCUGCACUCCUUGAGGUCCCACAGUGCAGAGGGGAGACACAAAGCCCUCUCCACAUGUGGGGCCCACUUCACUGUCGUUGCCUUGUUCUUUGUGCCCUGUAUAUUUACAUAUAUACGUCCAAUGUCUACUUUAUCUAUAGACAAAAACAUGGCAGUAUUUUAUGGUAUUCUGACACCUAUGUUGAAUCCAUUCAUUUAUACCCUGAGAAAUGAAGAGGUAAAAAAUGCCGUGAGAAAGCUCUUCACACAGGAAGAAAUUGCAGGUGGACAAUAA